AUGAUAAUGAAAUUGGAAGCUACACUUGAACAGCUAAUGAAUGAAAGCUCAAAUGAUGCUCAGAGGCAGAUAGAAUAUGUGUUGAAGAAAUUCAGCACAGAUGACAACAAAGAAGGAAGUGCUAGUGAUGGAGAAUCUGAUGAUGAUGAGGAUGAGGCAGAAAUAGAACCAGAAAUUGAUAAAGAUGAUUCUGUUGUAGGAGAGAUUGGAGAAUUGGUUGGAGAGAAGCUGCUAACAUCUCAAUAUCUUGGGUUACCUGCAGCCAGGAUAUCAGCACAAAGGAAGCGGGUAGGUUAA